AUGCGGAUCCAAGAUCCGCCUGGCGGAGGGUUUGGUGGACUGGGACUUGGUGGACUCGACAGUGAUCCUUUUGGACUUCGUUCAAUGAGUAUGAACUCAGGUCCUGAUUUAAAGCCUGUCACCUCCUCUAUGUUCGGAGCUAUUGGUACUGACUUUACUCGACCUCCAGCUAUUAGUAAAUCAGCUUCAGCUUCCACAAUAGGAAUGAAUGGUUCGGGUGCAGGCCAAGGACAGCAUCCAUCAAAUUUUCUUGGAGGUUUUCAGCCGUCUUUAAACAGGCCUGUCUUUCCACCAAUGGUCCCUGGACUUCCCACUAAUCCUCUGGGUCCUGGACUAACCUCUAAUAUCUCUACUCUAUCUAAUCCUUCUCUGGGAUUUUCCAGUCCUUUGAAUAGUUCUCUCAGCUCCUCUCUUCUUCCUCAAACUAGUUUUAUGGGCCAGGGGUCCCUAGGUCUUGGUCAGAGCCCGUUCGGGUCGAAUCCGGGACAUUUUGGGUCCAAUCCGGGUCCUUUUGGGUCUAACCCGGGUCCUUUUGGGUCCAAUCCGGGCUCUUUAGGAUCUUUUCAAGGGUUGAAUUCUGCUCAAAACAAUCCUGGUUUAAAUCCGGUAUUUAAUUCCUCCUCCUCUCUUUCUAAACUUGCCUCCGGUGUAUCUGGAGGAGGCCAGGCUCCGAUAGGAUCUCAGGGAUCGGCUCCGAGCUCCGGACCUGGAACUCCGGCUCCAACAGGGAAGCCAAGUUCUGCUUCCGCUAUCAGGCAGGAGCAGUUGGUGCGUAAACUAGUUUCCAGUAUUCCAGGUUCUUCAGAGGACAGUGUUAAACGUUAUAUUCAGGUCCUUCGUGAUCAGCAUGGAAAGUUAUCAGGUUGGCCGACCAGCAAGAUUGUGGCGGAGAUAACUCAGCUAAUGCAGCAGGGAUAGAACAGCUGAUUAUGGGUCAGCUUUUUUUAAAAGUUAGCUGAUUCCAGUAAAUCCUCGUAAUCUUAUCGGAGGCAGCUGCCGCCAUUUUGUUUAAUUGUACCGUUUGAAAUGUUGAUUUUAAUACUUAAUUUGAUAUAAAUUUCAGAAUAGCGAAGAGAAAUUCCUUGUUUGUAUUUGUACCCCGUCAAAAAGAAUUUCCCUGGAAUUUUCGAGAAAAAAAGUUCGCUCAACUAAUUGACUUAUGUACCUUAAAAAGUCUCAACAAAUGUUGUGUAUUAUAUAUAAAUGUGAUUUUUUUUGAUCAUGUUCUCCUUUUAAAGAACCCGAUUUGUAUUUUGUAAUUUUGGAUAAAGAUUUUAAAAUUUUAUGAAAAUUAUUGGGGAAAAAGGGUUGGGAAAAGCGUGAUUUUGAACUAACUAACAUUCCGUUGUUAAUUUCAUUACACCCUCCAUUUUUAUACUCCAUUUUAGUAAGAAUUUACCCGCCAUUUCAAUACAAAUCUAACCGCCAUUUGGAAUAUAAAUUAUAUAAUUUACAAUUUUGAAACAGAAAUUUUCAUCCGCCAUUUUGUAAUUUUUAAUACAAAUUUAGUUUCUUUGUAAAUUUUUAUAUUCCAUCUUAUAAAUUUUGAAAAUUACAUUUUCUUUCUGUGGUCUAAGUUCAAAUGUUAAAAGCAUUUGGAUGUACAGAUCAUAGACUUUAGAAAGAAAUUUUCCUCAACUUUUAGUCGAGGUUUUUUUUAUUAUAAUUUUGUAAAUUUUACCAGCAUUUAUGUUACGAUAAACUACAAAAUGUAAAGUAAUAGCGGCUAAAAUGUAGCCCAGAAAUAUAGGUUUUUUAAUGUAUAAUAA